CGAUAUUCAACAUUGUAGCUUUGAUCAUUUCCGUUCCAACUUCCAAGAUAAUUAGCUGUUGUCUUUUCAACAAUUAAUUCAGAAAACUGUAUCGUGAUUUGUGGUCAAGUGCAAAUGUGAAACUGUGUAAUGCCUAUGAUAACUGAUAUGGAAUGGGCCGCAGAUGGGGACAACACGGACUAUAGCACUUCGUCGUCACCGAUAGUGAGGCGGCCCCAGCAAAACCCAGAUCCGGACUCGCUUUCCGACGAGGAUGAUUUUUCCGAUGAGUUUUCAGUUAUUGAUAGCGAUGAUGAGAAGCAGCGGGCAUUUCCGCCACAUCACAUUCUCCAGACUCCGGUGGAAAUCCCAACUAGGGGAGUGGUCAAAAAAAUCUUCACAAACAGCAGAGAACGUUGGAGACAACAAAACGUAAGUGGAGCGUUUGCUGAAUUACGAAAACUUGUCCCAACCCAUCCGCCCGAUAAAAAGUUGUCCAAGAACGAAAUUUUACGCAUGGCAAUUAGGUAUAUAAGAUUGUUGAGUAAUGUUUUGGAAUGGCAACAAAGCCAUGAAGGUCCCAUCCAGGUGAAAUGUGAGGACUCUCUCUUUAUUAGCCGUCAUCCGUCUUCUAUUUCCGGGCAACAGUCGUUACGCAUGAGGGCUCGUCUCCGAAGAAGCAGUUUACCAUCUCAACCGCUUCCUCUUUGUGAUAGGAAUGGAAACAAUCUCUUAAUGAUAGCACCCAACAACCAUCUACCAUUGAGAAAAAUGAAUAUCUUUAUUGAUAUUAGUACCAGGACUAAUGGCAAAAUUAAAAUUGAACAAGAAGACGUGUCGAAGGAGAAAGAAGAAGAAAAUAAAGAAAAGCAACAUCACAAAGAAUAAAAUAAAUACUACUUGUUAAGAUGUAGUACCUGCUUAAUUUUCUAAUUAUUUCCCUUAUUGUUUCGUGUUCAUUUUCUUGUACUAAAAGGUAAAAUAAACGUUUGUGCAAUAC